UUACUAUUUCAGAAGCAUAUUUCAAGAAUAAUCUUGCCAGUUCGAGGUUUGAUGUUGAAGGUUAUAGGAUGAGCCGCGAUACUCGAAAGUAGACUGUCUAAGCCGAAAUGAGCCUAUGUCUUAUCACUGUUUACUACAUAGUAUACAUACAUGUAUGAGUAGAUGGAUGAACUACCUGCUAUUCAGUUAUCCGAUCUAAAUGAAUUUAUAACAUGUAAAUUAUGUAAAGGUUAUUUAAUUGAUGCUGUUUCGAUAACUGAAUGUCUUCACCCAUUCUGUAAAUCUUGUAUAGUUAAGUAUUCAGAAGAAAAACGCGAAUGUCCUGUUUGCGGGAUUCUCAUCCAUCAAAGUCACCCAUUAAAUUAUAUGAGUUUUGAUCGUACUCUUCAAGAUAUUGUUUAUAAAAUUGUACCAGAUUUAAAACAAAAAGAGAGACAACGUCGUGAGGUCUUCUAUAGAUCUCUUGGAAAAACUCCACCUCCCUCAGAAGACUUAGGCAAAGAAACUCAUGUAUUAGUCAGUAAAGAGAAUAUCACAGGUGCAGUUCCAUCUGAUUCUGACGGAUUAACUUCCAAUUUUGAUUCGGAUUAUCAUCGUAAAGAUGAACAAGUCAAUAUACAACUUGAACCGGGAUCUGAUAAUCUGGAACCAUUAACUGAGAAAUAUUUACGACUUUCAUCGAGGGCUACAGUGACACACUUACGAAAAUAUGUUGCCCAACAAGUUCUUCAUGAUAUAUCUAAGUUUCAUGAAUAUUUGAAUUGAACAUUCUAACGAAGACGUAUUCUUUUAGUUACUAGGCUGUAUAUUUUCAUUUAUUUGCAUUUCAUUGUACACAAUCUGAAAAAAUGAUUAGUUUUUAUUCUAUUGAAGAAAUUUCAAAUUCGAUAAAUAGAUGUAUCAGUCAGUUAGAGGUAUGUGGUGGGUUGUCGAUUCCGGGUUUCUCAUGUCUUCGAAGAAUAUUUUUUUGAGGUUCAUGAAAAGGAAACUGGGUUUUGAGUGAUCAUGAGGUCCUGGUAGUAUGAUUGCACUGCCCAAGAGACAAUUAUUUGUGGCCGGUUACAAAGCCUUUGUGUAGGGAGUUGUAGAUUAGUUAGUUUUGUACUUUUGAGGCCUGACUGCCGUCGACGGAAAUCCUUGAGGGUAAGGUGAAGUGUGCUUUUUUAUGGCCAACUUUUAUAUUCCUCCUUACAUUGUGAGACAGGAUCGCUUGAAAUGGUGUUUGAGGGAAACAACUUACUGCCACCAUACUUCAGUGUCAACAGCACAACCUCGCCCUUCAACCUUAAGUUGCUUCUCUUCAACUGGCAUUCCUGCCAUGUUAAUAUUUUAAGAAACAAGUGUUAGCCAAUAAGUCUCAGUUGAGUCGUCGUGAUAAAGAAGCCCGACCAUCACAUCAAGAUUAUACCUACGUUUGGGAUCAAUGUGCAAUUUUUAAAAAACGGCGGUUCAUAAUGAUGAGCUGUGUUAUGAUAGCUUAAUAUCAACGCAGUUCGAAAUAGUGUUUUAUUUCGUGAAUACCUACAUACGAAAAACUAAUAAAAUCAAAACUUUAUCUAGACUAUUGUUCCAUACAAUGUCGAUUUCGGAAGCUGAGCUUAAAUGGAUUUUUUAUUUCUUGGCAAAUAUGUUAUCAUCAGUAUAGGGUUAUUGAGAUUGCUGAGUUAUCUAGGGAUUAGGCGUUCGCGUGCGAGACCGAAGGUCCUAGGUUGGAUUCCCACGUUUGGGAUCGUGGAUGCGCACGUCUGAGGAGUCCCAUACUAGGACAAGGCGGCCGUCCAGCGCUUCUAGGUUUUCAAUUGUGAUCUAACAUUAAUUGGUCCAUGAUCUCAAUUAAGAAUAUUCUUGUUGGGUCAUUUGGUAGGAUAUAAGUGAUUGUUAUUGUAUCAGCUUUGGUUGAGAUCAUGAAUGGAUCAAUGUUAGACCACCAUUAGAAACCUGAAAGCAUUGGAUUGCCGUUUCGUUAUAGUAUGGGUCUCCUGAGCAGUGCGCAUCUACGAUCCCGCACUUGGGAUUCAUACCUAGGACCUCCGGUCUGGCGCACGAACUCUUAACCCCUAGAUUACUGAGUCGGCAUCCAACGGUGUU